GAAAUUGCUGCAGAAGCGUAGAAGAGUGUGCGUGAGGAGGAGCGCAGUGCAACUGGGGGAUUUUUUCUGGACAGUAGGGGGCUUCCUUCCGGCUCACGCUCAGGAUAAAGGCGCGAGGCAUCAAGAGCGAAAGUAAAAUGAGUGAAGAGCUCGAGGACAGCAGAUUGGGGGGGUGUGUGCACAUCUGCUGAAAUACAGCGAGCUGGAUUCAGUGAACGCAGGCGGAUAAUUACAGCGGAACAGAGAGAGAGACAGAGAGAGAGAGAGAGCACGAGGCUGAAUGGAGCUGUGCGCUCAUCUGGAGGAAGAGCUGCUGCUGACUGUGUGGAGCAACUGGCUCACAGGACCAUGAGGAUAUGACCUUGGAUGGUUACCAAAAAGACGUGAUGCGCAACAAAACUUGGACAUGCUGGAUUUUUUUUGCUGGAUUUGUUUUGAGCCUGGGUGUUGCUCGGGAUUGCAAUUUUUCAUUUAAAAAUCACAUAACUGAUGAAUUGUUAUUGGAUCAUUGGUUUGAGAUCCGAUAUUUUCAGCACCCUGAUGAGACAGUCAAGGACGGCUAUACUCUUCUUUCCAUUGUUAACAUAAUGUGUACCAGCUUGAAGAAGUAUGGCCAUGACUAUGAUGACCUUGAAAAAAAUGAAAGUCGUAGACAGGUUACAGUGUCAUACAGAAUAUUAGUUAAUAAAAUUCUAAAUCUUGAAAGCGAAGAGAACAUUCUGCCAGCCUGUGAGAGGCAUGCCUGCAACUACUCUUUCAGUAAAAGUUAUAUCAGCCCAGAUGAGCUGGAGAAAGAGUUUCGUAAAGAAUGUGCAUGGAAUGGAACAUUGCCAGCUUGUCCAUCACCACAGACUACAUCUCCUUCACCAUCACAAGUCAGCCAUGCAACAUCUACACCUUCACCUACCAAUUCACCAACAUCUACUCCAUCUCAUACUACCACCCACCAAAGCACGAGAACAACGACAUCAUUGUCAUCACAACCCAGGAAUAUGACCUCCCCAUCUGCAUCUAACGAUACAAAGACACCUCCAGCAUAUCAGCCAACGUCUUCUACUAACGUCACAGAAAACAGUGGAAAUAUGCAAAAGAAUCAAGCAGAUCUGGAAAAAAACAACCUGGAAAAAAACAAAGAUAAUAUUUUCUUAUCAUUAUUGACUGUAUCCUGUACGGUCAAUGUUGCUUUGAUUAUCCUUGUGUUGUGGCAGUGCAGGAGCAGGCGUCCAAAUAAUCUUCAGGACUACUUUGAAGAUUAUCAUCAUCAUCAUCAUCAUCACAAUGUAGAGCUUGUGUACUUGAGUAAAGAAAAGAACCAGUCUGAAGGUAAUCACCACCCUCUCUCAGAGUCCACAUUCCUGCACAACAGAGAACAGAGUGAAGAUAAUGUGAACUCCAGUUAUUCAGCUGCUUGAGCUCAACUGAUCACAUCAACAUCAACAGCACUUGGACAAUGAUUUUAGAAGAAAGGAUUACUUUGUAUUACUGGAUAUACUGGAGACUCCUUGCAGUCUCCAGAGGAGCCUUCUCCAUUCUGUCCGAGACGUUUGUUGUUUAGACUUGUGUGCUACUGAGACAUUGUGUCUUGCUGAGAACUGAUCAAUCGGGCUUAAUAUGUGUAUACAUCUUAUAACAUGCAUAUACAUAAUCUGUAUUAAAGAAGAGGAUGGAGGAACACUCAGGCACAAAAUCCAGCAUCAGGAUUCUGAAGGCAUCUACAAGGUUCACACAGAGACUGGGACUAUAUAUUUCUAGCUCUAGAAGAGACAGACCAUCUGAAGAAGAAGAGUGAAUUUUAAUGACAUCAUGACUGGACUUGACUUUUCUUCAGUCUGAGAUCUUUGACAUCAGGUGAAGAUCUUAGACACAUGUGGGAAACAUUUGACUUCUGGGGAAGAUCUUCUGAAAGAUUUAGUUUUACAAUGACUGCAGCUAAUAAGGUGAUGAGAGACUUUGUAUUGAAGAGGGAUAACAUUUUAUAUAUAUAUAUAUAUAUAUGAGUUUGAGCUAACAUGCUAAAGAUAAUUUAUUGAAAAUGUAUCAGUAUAUUUUAUUUAUGCUUUGCACUGUAGAGAGCAUAUAGCAGUAUAACCUUUUCUCAUGAUGAACAGCCAGUAGAACAACAGGACAUGGUUUUGGUUUUGACAAGGUUUUGUCUGCCGAAAAUAGGGUACGGGUACUGGACGAGUCUGCCUGCCUGCAAAAUUACAAAGAGUAUAUGCUUUACCGUCUCAACUACUGCUGGACAUGUUUGAGGCCUGCAAGCAGAAAUGGAUGUAUAUUAGAAGAAAAAAAAAAAAAAAAAGGUGA